UCUUCUAGAAAAAUACACCUUCAAAUAUCUCAAGUAUUUCCUAAAUACAAUCUUCUAUAGGCUGAUAGCCACCAUCCCUUUCCCUCACACACUCCAUUCUUCAAUUCCUAAAACUUUUCCUCAUUUGACAUGGGCCCCAGACCCAAUUAUUUUAUUUUUUCACCUCUGAACGCAUCCUGGUUAGUGGCUAAUCCUUCAAUAUUGAGGGUUCUGGAGCAGAUGCAAUACUUCACUUGAUGCCUGAUCAAACCAGAGUAGAGCACAUUACAACCAGCACUUCCUUCAUGUUUUGAUAUUAUGAUUCUAUGUAUGCAGCCUGUGGUGACCCUGGCAUUUUUACCACCCCAUAACACUGCCAAAUUACUAGAGUUUACUAAGUUCCAAAAGGAUGACCACCAUUCAUCUAUCCUGUUUUAUAACUGGGCUUCUGGGACCAAGUUGGUACCUUCUGUUACCCCACAGCUAUAUCCUUGUGCUUUUUCCAUCUUCCCUCCUCAAGCAGGCCCCAGAUGCUAAGGAAUGGCAGCACAGUGACAGAAUUUAUCCUCGUGGGCUUUCAGCAGAGCUCCACUUCCACAUGAGCAUUGCUCUUUGCCCUCUUCUUGGCCCUCUACAGUCUCACCAUGGCCAUGAAUGGCCUAAACAUCUUUAUCACCUGAACAGACCCCAAGCUCAACAGCCCCAUGUACUUCUUCCUCAGCCACCUGUCUCUCCUGGAUGUCUGCUUCAUCACUACUACCAUCCCACAGAUGUUGAUUUACCUCGUGGUCAGGAACCACGCUGUCUCCUUUGUAUCUUGCAUGACCCAGAUGUACUUUGUCUUCUGUGCUGGUGUGGACGAGUGCAUCCUCUCGGCUUUUAUGGCCUAUGACCGUUACGUUGCUAUCUGCUACCCACUUAGCUACGUCCAGAUCAUAAGCUAGAAGGUCUGUCUCAGGCUUGUGGGAACUGCCUGGUUCUUUGGACUGAUCAAUGGCAUCUUUCUUGAGUAUGUUUCAUUCCGAGAGCCCUUCUGCAGAGACAACCACAUAGAAAACUUCUUCUGUGAGGCCCCCAUGGUGAUCGGCCUCUCUUGUGGGGACCCUCAGUUUAGUCUGAGGGCAAUCUUUGCCGAUGCCAUCGUGGUGCUGCUCAGCCCCAUGGUGCUCAUUGUCACUUCCUAUGUGUGCAUCCUUGCCACCAUCCUCAGCAGAGCCUCCUCCUCAGGUCGGGGGAAGACUUUAUCUACUUGUGCCUCUCACUUGACUGUGGUCAUCUUUCUCUACACCUCAUUCUCUUACAUGAACCCCCACAGCACACACGGGCCUGACAAAGACAAACCUUUCUCCCUCCUGUACACCAUCAUUACCCCCAUGUGCAACCCCAUCAACAAGGAAAUGAAGGAGGCCAUGGUGAGGGCACUUGGGAGAAACAGGCUGGCCCCGGCACAGUCUGUCUAGCAGGAAGGCCCUGAAAGGAAAGCUCCUUCACCUGGGGUAUGGGAAAGUUACCCCUUCCCCAGCGCUGGCAGAGGAGUAACUCUCCUAUGCUGAAAGGCUCCAGGAAAGAGCAUGGCUUCCUUGGUUCAUGGCUUCCUUGGCACUAGAAUCAGACCUGAAAGUUCCUCCUGAUGUCCAAUGUCCUGAUGUUAUCUCUCUGACUUCACUUCCACAUUGUUUUUUCUUGGACCUUCCUCAGGUCCAAGAGGAAAAUGUCAGAUUUGCCUUAGUUUCUUUUCCUCUUAAGUUCUCACAACAGGAUUCAAUAAAUAAGCAUACUUAACUCCGUUUUAUUUGUAUUUACAUGCUAGUCCCCCAACCUGAGUUGCGUACAUACAUUUAGAAGUAAACUUUUUUAUUUUUCAGCUUUUCAUUUUACUGUUUUUCUUUCUUAAAUUUCACUCUCACUUCCUGAGUCUACCCUCAUCUACCCAACUCCUAUGCAAAGUAGGUAAAGAAGCAAGAAGAAAAGAGCUGGGUGCAGUGGCUCAUGAUUGUAAUCUCAGCACUUUGGGAGGCUGAGG